AUGACUCAAUCUCGCCCGAGACGGUUUGCACCGCUGAAAGAAGCGGCAGCAGGGCAUCAUCAUGACUUACCCAAGUUGAAAGGGGUCAUAUUUGAUGUCGAUGGGACACUAUGUCAACCUCAGAACUACAUGUUCGCACAAAUGCGCUCCGUUCUCGGAAUCCCCAAGAGCACCGACAUCCUAGAGCACAUCUAUUCGCUGCCCACACCAGCGCAGCAAGAAGAAGCCAUGGAGUCUAUCCGCGCCAUCGAGCGCCGUUCCAUGGCCGAACAACAAGCCCAACCCGGCUUAACAACCCUAAUGUCCUACCUCGACGCCCAAGGCGUCCGCAAAGGAAUAUGCACCCGCAACUUCGAACAACCUGUAACCCACCUCCUCACCAAAUUCCUCUCAGGAUCUAUCUUCCACCCCGUCGUAACCCGUGAUUUCCGCCCUCCAAAACCUGACCCUGCUGGUUUACUCUUCAUAGCACGGUCCUGGGGUUUAGUACGCCUUGUUGGAGGACCGCGGGAUCAGGAAGUUGUUAAGACGGUUGUAGAGGAGUUAAGCGACGCCAGUGGAGCGGGGGAGAAGGAGGGCGCUGUUGGUACGGGGAAAAUUGGGGGUAGUGGUGGUGAUGGGGGAAAUGGGGAGGAAGUAAAAGAAGUCGGCGAUGCAUCGCAUUUAAUCAUGGUCGGUGACUCGAUCGAUGAUAUGACGGCGGGGCAUCGCGCGGGAGCUGCUACGGUGUUGCUUGUUAAUGAUGCGAAUCGCCAUUUAGCGGACCAUGAACACACGGAUUUAGUUAUCGAGCGGUUAGAUGAGUUGGUUCAUGUGCUGGAUCAUGGGUUCGUGGGGAGGGAGGUAUCUUCGUAG